UGUUAUCAAAAAAAAUAUAGGAAACAAAGACAAAAACAAACUAGAAAAAUCUUACAGAAAUAAGAGUAAAAAGCAGAGAUAAAAAAUAAAAAUUCAGACAGUUUGGUUCAGUGGGGAAAAAUUUUAAGUUUAAUUAUUAAAAAUAUUAAAAAAUGGCCACAAAAGUAGUAGCCACCGCUACAGUAAGAGCUUUAAAGGGUAGAAAAUUAAUACCCACCAGAGCAGCACUUACAUUGACUCCGGCAGCAGUGCAGCGUAUUAAGGAUUUAUUAAAGGAUAAGCCAGAAUAUACUGGUUUAAAAGUGGGGGUACGUCAACGUGGUUGCAAUGGCCUUUCGUAUACCUUAAACUAUGCCGCCGAAAAAGCAGAUAAACUAGAUGAAGAGGUCAUACAAGAUGGUGUUAAAGUUUAUAUUGAUAAGAAGGCACAAUUAUCAUUACUAGGCACUGAAAUGGACUAUGUGGAAAGCAAAUUGGCCAGCGAGUUUGUUUUUAACAAUCCCAACAUUAAAGGCACCUGUGGCUGUGGUGAAUCGUUUAGUAUGUAAAUGAUAAUAAGAAUGCAAUUUACUUUUAAAACACAAAAUUUAGUUAAAUGUAAAAUGCAAACAGAAAGUAUAUAUUAAGACUUUUUAAACAAAUUUUGUUUGUUUAAAAUUAUGGAACGAAUAAUAGAGAAAUCUAAAGGAUUUGCACCUUAAAAUUUAAUGUUAAAUAGUUGUUGCAGCCAUAUACUAAAACUUUAACAAAUUUAGCUUAAUUAAUUUUCAGUUUAUUUUUCUUUUUUCUCUCUCUUUUAGUUAGCUUAAUUUUAAAUCUAGUAUUUUUUUGUUUAAGCUUAAGUAAUGAAAAGAAAUAUUUAAAAAAAACAAAAAGAAAAUAAGCUUUAAAUAAAAUACUUCUUAAAGAAAAAGGAAUUAAUAAACUUUUAAUUAUAGAGAAUCAAACAAUUCAAGAUGUUAUGAAUUCUUCUUAUAAAUUAA